UGUCAAAAUUGACAUUGAAAAGUAUUGGACUAAACUUUCUAGAGUGCAGACUCGCGGACAAAAAUGGCUGAAAGAAAUGUUGUUUCGUUAAUGUGCUGUGGUAGUGCGAUAGAAUAGUGUAAAACAUUUCGCUACUUUUAAUAAAAUAACUCUUGUGUUAAAUUAAACGACAGUGUCGUAUAUAUACCAUUUAUAAUAUAAAAAUGUCUGAAAGUAACAGCCCUAGUGUGUUAAGUUAUCUAAGACAAUACAGGUUUCAGAGAAAACCAAAUGAAUCCUCAGGCUCCGGUAACCAAGUUACAAUUAAGGCUUCUACAUCGAGUUCUCAACCACAAAUAAUAAGGAUGCCAGCUCCAAACCACACUGGCCAACGUCAAAACAAUCCUGUUGUGGUCUACAAGAGGAUCAGGUUACCAGAUUCCGAUUCUGACGAUCCAGCAUCGCCAGCAAAGAAAGCAGCCCUCCAAGUUGAACUUACUCCAGCUAUCAAAGAGAGACGCUUUAGGAACAUGCUAGAAAUGUUUCCAGACAUUUCACCAUUGCUUGUCAAAAACAAAUUAGUCAAACAUGGCUGGAAUGAAGAGCGUUCAAGAGAUGAACUCCUGAAAUACGACCCUGAGAGUAAUGACAAAGGAUCCUCAUCCACCUUCUUCAGUGCACCAUCUCAUUCAAAAACUAAUGGUAACAUGACCAUGGUGAGAGUGACUAGUGGUCCCAAUAGAUUUAAUGUUGUUGUGAGGAAGCCAGUGGUGUCAAAGGGCGGCAGAGCCAGAAGAGGCAGCAGUGGUAGCGAAGAUGAUGACUAUGGUGUUAGAAAAGGAAAAGAUGAUUUAGUUUAUGACAGUGAUGACUCUGACAAUGAAGUGACAGACGAUUUAAUAGGUGACAAAAAGAAGGUAUUCGAGUUCCUAAACACAAGUAAUAUGAAUGAACUAUCAUUGUUGAGUGGAUGCUCACAAAAGAAAGCAGAGGCUAUAAUGGCACUGAGACCAUUCAAAGGAUGGUUGGAUAUGGUAGAAAAAUUUAAUAGUAACAAAAUGCUGAGCACGGAUCUCUUAAACUCCACUCAAGAGCUACUAACAACCAGGAAUAACAUUCAACGGCUUAUGAAGAAGUGUGUUGGUCUGGCGCAGCAGCUCGAGGCGGCUGUAGCUGCUGGCGCUGGACGUCUCAAACAACCCUCGAUUUUAGAUCCUAGUUUAAAGCUAGCCCCAUACCAGUUGGUGGGACUAAACUGGCUAGCAGUACUCCAUAAGCAGGGCGUAUCCGGGAUCCUGGCAGAUGAGAUGGGACUUGGCAAGACAGUUCAAGUGAUAGCCUUUCUUGCGCAUUUGAAAGAGACAGGCCAAGCCAAGGGAACUCAUUUGAUUGUUGUUCCGGCUUCUACUUUAGACAACUGGAGCAGCGAGCUGUCCCGCUGGUGCCCGUCGCUGCGCGUGAGCAAGUACUACGGGCACCCGGACGAGCGGCGGCAGCUGAGGAUCGAGUACGCGCGCGGGCUGCAGGACGUCGACGUCGUGCUCACCACUUACACCAUGGUGAACAGCUGCCCCGAAGAGCGGAAGAUGUUCAGGAUAACUCCGAUGCAUUACGUCAUCUACGACGAAGCGCACAUGCUCAAGAACAUGUCCACGCAGCGAUACGAUAAUCUCCUUAAAAUUAAGUCUAAACACCGUCUCCUGCUGACCGGGACUCCGCUGCAGAACAACCUGAUCGAGCUGAUGUCGCUGCUGUGCUUCGUGAUGCCGCACAUGUUCUCCGGGAAGACCGACGACCUGAAGAGCUUGUUCCAGAAGAAUACCAAAUCGAAGACAAAGAAGACGGACGGCGCGAAAGAGGACGACGAGCCGGCCUUCGAGCAGAGCCAGAUAACGCAGGCGAAGCGGAUAAUGAAGCCGUUCGUGCUGCGGCGGCUGAAGCGGGACGUGCUGCAGGACCUGCCCGACAAGACCAACCACACGCAGCUGUGCGCCAUGUCCGCCGCGCAGGGACGCCUCUACAAGGAGCUCAUCAGCGGGUUCGCCGACAAGGACGGAGCGAUCCACGCCACGACAGAGCAGAGCGGCAUGGCCAUGAUGAUGGACAUGCGGAAGCUGUCGAACCACCCGCUCCUGCUGCGCUACCACUACCAGGAGGCGCAGUUGAAGAAGAUAGCGGCGCGUCUCGUCAAGGAGCCGAGCUAUAAAGAGAAGAACGAACACUACGCCUUCCAAGAUCUCCUGUGUCUGUCCGACUUCCAGAUACACCAGUUGGCUUUGCAGUAUUGCAAACAGCACACGAUACCGGAGUCGCUGAUCCUGGACUCUGGAAAGUUCCAAAAGCUGGACGAGAUGCUGCCGAAGCUGAAGGCGGGCGGCCACCGGGUGCUCAUCUUCAGUCAGUUCACGAUGAUGCUGGACAUCCUCGAGCCCUACCUCACCAUCAGGAGGUAUCAGUAUCUGCGCCUGGACGGUAGCACCGCCGUUACGGAGAGACAAGACCUAAUAGACCAGUACAACAACGAGAACAUAUUCGUGUUCCUGCUGUCGACGAAGGCGGGCGGGCUCGGCAUCAACCUCACCGCGGCCGACACCGUCAUCAUCCACGACAUCGACUUCAACCCAUACAACGACAAGCAGGCGGAAGACAGGUGUCAUAGACUGGGCCAGACCCGGCCGGUGACAAUAUACCGGCUGAUCAGCGCCGGAACCAUCGAGGAGGGAAUAUAUCAGGUCGCGCAGGAGAAACUUAAUCUAGAGAAACACGUCACCGGAGAAGAUGAGAACGAACCGACGGAGCAGAAGAACGUCGUCCGGCUGCUGUCCGCCGCGCUGGGCCUCACCUCGCCCAACAAAUGAACAGACAACCUCACCGAAUAAAUGUGAUCGUACAUAGUUUACAGACGUAGUGACGAACGUAACGAGAGAAGAUACUAUAUGAAUGUCGCGUGUAUCAUAUUAUCUAUACUUAAUAUUAUAAAGCUGUGUUUGUUUGUUUGUUUGAAUGCGCUAAUCUCAGGAACUAGUGGUCCAAUUUGAAAAAUUCAGUGUUAAAUAGCCCAUGUAUCGAGGAAGGCUAUAGGCUAUAUAACAUCACGCUAAGACCAAUACAAGCGGAGUACCAAUAAAGAAUACUUCAAAAUCGUUUUUUUUCCCUUUCGAGAGCUUUCGCUGCGUGCGCUGCUAAAAUAAUUUAUGACAGAAUUGUUCCCUUUUAAAAGAUCUAAAAAAAGUCCGCGACAGCACAUGUCUAUAUGUUAAGGUUGGCUCACUAUAAAGUUUUUUAUGCUAAUGCAAAUUUGUUCUAAAAUAAAGCAUUAUUUGUGAACUAUUCCACGCCGACGAAGUCGCGGGUAAAAGCUAGUAAUAUUAUAAAGCUGAAGAGAUUGUUUGUUUGAACGCGCUGAUCUCAGGAAUUACUGGUCCGAUUUGAAUAAUUAUUUCAGUGUUAGAUAGCCCAUUUAUUGACUAUGUAACAUCACGCUAAGAUCAAUACGAGCGGAGCACUAAUAACCUUCCCUUUUAAAGUCGGUUAAAAAGCGUGAUUUCGAUACCUUAAAUAGCCCCUUAAUAUUCUAUUAUUCAAAAAUAUUUGCACCUUCUACGUAAAUGAGGUCGCGGGUAAAAUUUGGCGUUAUGCUUAAGUAAUUAUUCCACGUGGACAAAGUCGCGAAUAAAAGCUAGUAUAUUCAAAUUAAAAAAAUCUUAAGAUCGACGUAUCCGUGGUUCAUUUAACAUGUACACGUGUGUUGUGAUGUUAAUUUUCAAUAGACUUGUACAAAUUAUUCAUAUGGUUAAAUGUGGUAUUAUUCAUGGUGGCUAUUACAAAUCGCUAAAUAAAAUUUAAUAAUCACAAUAAUAUUAUUUCACGUCUAGUUUUAUACGCUAAUAGGAAUGUAUGAUAUCAUAUUGAGGGGUGAAAGGAUAUUUAUCUUUGUAAUUAAAGGUGCGUUUUAUUUGGUAUCAGCAUCAACAACAGUUCGAUGUUUUUAAUUGAACUUCGAUUAAGCUUACUCCAUUCAAAUAGCUGAAGUUUUUUUUUCUUUCCUAAAUUUAAACUUUAAAUGGCUCCGCUCUGAAGUUGCAAAUAUGUCGCUUAAACUACAUAACUAUUCACUUCUCGAUAUGUGGUUGAUCGUUGUGUAACAGCCCGUAUAUUUUGACCCCAAAUGACGUCACGCUUGAUGAAGUUUCCCCGAUAAUUAUGAAUUCCUAGUACAUUGACGCUUUGCUUUCGUAACUUUGAGUACGCAAUGUAACGCGUCAUAGCUCCCGACGUGUAUGUGUGUAAGCUACUAUUGAUCAUACCCACAAACAUGUAGUUGACAUUCAGCAAGACACGGGCUCUGUCUAAUUAUGAAGCUUUGUAUUAAUGGAAUCGUUUUUUGGUCAAGUUUGAUUUAUUGGUUGGUAAUGUUGGCCACAAUACCUCGUGAUCGAGUUUCCCAUACGCUAUUAAUAAACUAUUCGAAUAUUCAUUUACUAAAUUCUCGAUUUUUAUAAUGAAUGCCAUCAUUUAUAUUAUGUUUAUGGGUUUAUUUAACUACCGGCAGCAACAGAAAAAAUAUAUAAGAAUAUGCCCAAAACACCUUUUAUCCCAUUGCAUUGGGACGGAAUUACUGAAUCUCAUCGAGUCCCAGCUGACUCCAUGGCAUGAAGCCUGCAUCAGCGCUGCAAAUGCAUUGCAUCACCUCAUAGGGUUGACGGACUUAACCAAAAAUUUGCACCUACCCGCGCGGAAUUACAGCGUGAAAUUAUCAGUGAUUAUCUAAAACUAGUUUCUCUAUCUAGAGCUAGAUCAACUAUUAAGGAUAAGAUCUUCUCUCGUUACGUGUCUAUAAGAACUACAAAGUUGAAGAAAUUCUACAAGACGCGUUUAAAUCCAAUAUUUGACCAAAUGUUUGUAUGUGUUGUAUUUAAGUUUUUUUUUUUUUUUAAGUAGGUGAUUGUUCCCAAACAUUCGUAUUUCAUUUCGUCACGGUUUGAGAAGCACUGCGAUAUUUAUAUUUAAAUUGCGAUUAGUAUUUAUCUUAUGAACGUAUAUCGUCUUCUCGCAUUAAAACUGUAUAAUCUCAUAACGUACUAAUUUUACAGGAGAGUGUUUUAAAGGUUUAACAUGUGAUAUUUUUAAUAUUAAUCAUCUUUGCAACGUUUAUUUUUUAUUUUUUAACCAGUUAAAUUAUCUGUCUUUUAAAGUAAGAUAAAAUUAUGUAUUAAUUUUGUUAAUAGUAGUCAAAACAUAGAUAAACUAAAAAUAAAAAAUAAUAAAACUAAACUACGCUCUUUUGACAGUGUUUAUUAGAAAAAUACUGGUGAUAGGUACCACAAAUAUGUUUACGCAUGUUAACUCAAUUUCGAAUAUUUUUGGAAAUUGUACACUUUUAAUGCGAAAAGGCGAUAUAUAUUAUUAUUAUAUAUCGGACGUAAUUAAAUGUUUAAAUGAAGCGUAAAUACGUACACGUGUUGUCUGCAUACAGCACUGUAAUGUUGCUAUUACAUUUUUAUUAUGUAGCUGAGAAUAUAUAUUUUUUAUUCAUAGAAAGAAUUUUAAUAUUUUAUGACCAAUAUUCUUUUGUUUAGAAAUAUAUCUAGAUACGUGCACGUACGUGAAUGUAAACAUUUAAUUACGUCCUUUAUUAAAAAGAAAAACAAUGAGAUGAUGCGAUUGUUCUUAAUUGUGUUCUAAUUGCUCGUUUAACUGGUCUAAUUAAGAUUCCGGAUUAGUUUUCGUAAGAUUAUAUAAUUAUAGUGAGUGGUACUGUCAUCGUGAAUGUUACAAAAUAAUAAACGGUUGACGCAUAUAAAGAAAAGUAUCGAAUGAUAAAUUGUAACAUAAUUAUUUAUAAAAUGAAUUUUAGUGUCGUACUUUGCGUUUUUUAUAAUGGCAACAUUAAAGUAUGUUACGAACGUAAAAGGUUGCCAGACGAGAUUAACUAUUCCUCAAUUAGUAGAAUUUAUUUGGUUUUGUGAGUUCGUAAUUAUAGUAUUAAAACUCGACAUCGCAGUGCAGUAUUCGGAUAAUGGACAAGUAUCGCUUACUUUCCAUACGUUCGUAGCCUGUUAGAAAUGUUAUAACACUGUUAAUGUCAUAGAAGACGAUAUAGAGAAAGUUAAAUCUACCCCGAAAAAAUGUAAUGUAUAAUAUUUCUUACAAAGUAUACGUCAGCAAGAAUUAGUAUGAUAAUAAAAAUCAAUUACCGAAUUUGUAACAGAUAAGUAUAAAAGUUGCCUCAAUCGAAAUGUUUUUGAAUGUCGCAUUGGUGGGUCAUGUGUAGUACGGACUGGAGGUCACCUUUGCUGGGAACCGAAGAAUCCAGGCCAUUCAAGGUAAGUGUCUAUUUAUUAAAAAGCACAGUAACUGUCCAUAAAUAACUUACAUCUAAACAUCGAAAGAUCUAAAAAUGUUGUACCUUGUCUAAUUAUGUAAAAUUAAUAUACAUAAAGAUUACAGUCGGUCCGUGUGUUUGAGUAAACUCAUCCAUAGGAAUCGUUAAAUAUAUUUUCUUACUAAUUGGUUAAAGUGGUCUCUGGAAAUUUGUACAUUUUAGACGCCUCAAUGGUUUUAAGGGAGAAACGCAAAGGAGUCUAAAAACUACCACAAAAAUUAUAAAUGGAAUCUUAAAAACUACCAUAAAAAUUAUAAACCCGUGAGGAUCAAUGUUUAAUAAAGAACGUUUAUUAAAUGUAACCAAUUUUUGUUAAUUAUUUAUAUUUUUUCUUUUAUAAGUAGGCCAUUUUUAGUUCUUUUUUUUUAGUUUAGUAACAUUCCUCAUUUGAAUAGAUUAUAUUGUAUUUUAUACGAAAAACUUGUGUAGUAGUUUCGUGACCGCAAUAAACUAUUAUUUUCUA